CAAUUGUUAUCAGUCAUGAUAAGCGAGCGAUACAAUGUUCGAAAUGAUAACAAUGACGUCGCAGCCAAUAAAACGAUUAAAAUUCAAACAAUCACUUGUGUAUAUUUCGUAGCAAGUAACGUGUCAUGAAUUAUAACACAGUUCCCAAUAUGGCGUCGUCUCUAAUAUUAAGUGAAAAGUGUUUCUAAUUUUAAAGUGUUUAAUUCAAAUUGAAAUUGAGUCCAAGUGAAUAUGUGAAAAAAAGUGUGUAUGUGUUUCGUGUAAGUAAAACCAAUGGAAGAUUACGGAGUCAAGGGUACAGGAAAAGUGAUAAGGGCACCAUCGCUCAAAAGGGGGAAAACGGAAGAGAGGAUAACCGAUAGGAUUAAAUUGGAGAAGGUGUUAGGAGUGACCGUUUCGAGUAAUGCAGCUUUGGCCUCGGACAACGACGGAACUAUCGCAUAUCCUGCAGGAUGUACCGUCGUCCUCUUCAACACCAAAACCGAGGAGCAGCACCACAUCAUCAACUCCAGUCGCAAAACCAUAACAUGUCUGGCCUUUUCGUCAUGCGGCCGUUACAUUGUGACAGGCGAAUGUGGUCACCAACCGGCCGUCCGUGUCUGGGAUCUUUAUUCCGAUCCAAUUCCCAGUCAUCCAGGUCUUUCACCACAACCUCAACAAGUGGCAGAAUUUAUUGGUCACAAAUUUGGCGUUAAUUGUGUUGCUUUUUCACCAUCGGGAAAAUACGUAGUCAGUAUUGGGACACAACAUGAUAUGAUUGUCAACGUAUGGGAUUGGAAAAAUAACAUUAAAGUAGCCAGUAAUAAAGUGAGCACGAAAGUAAAAGCGGUGGCGUUUGCCGAAAAUGGCAGCUAUUUCGUUACAGUGGGGAAUAGACAUGUUAAAUUUUGGUUUUUGGAAUACGGGAAGUCAAAGUACAAGGAGGCGGUGCCUCUGAUGGGUCGUUCGGCCAUUUUGGGCGAACAACGAAACAAUUAUUUCUGUGAUGUCGCUUGCGGCAAGGCUCAAUCCGGUGAUAGUACUUAUGCUAUCACUAGAUCGGGUCUUUUGUGUGAAUUCAACAAUCGAAGACUUUUAGAUAAAUGGGUAGAAUUAAGGACAACACGUGCCAAUUGUAUAACUGUAGGUGAAAAUUACAUAUUUGUCGGCUGUGCCGAAGGUAUAAUAAGAUGUUUCGACCCUGCCACCCUCAGGUUUAUUACGACGCUCCCACGGACGCAUUAUUUGGGCGUCGAUGUUAGUCAGGGUACGAGUAUAAGUCACAUGGCAUCGCCGCCCCCCGACGCCAAAUACCCCGAUGCCGUAGCAUUAACCUACAACGAAACUAAUCACAAACUAACCAGUAUUUAUAACGAUCACUCUAUAUACGUAUGGGAUGUGUUUAAUAUAAAAAGGGUGGGGAAAUCGUAUUCGUUUCUCUACCAUUCGGCUUGUAUCUGGGGCGUGGAGAUGGCCCCGCCCAAUAGUCCCCUCCCACCUGGCUCUUUUCUUACGUGCAGCUCCGACGAUACAAUCCGCGUAUGGUCAUUGGAUAAACUCACCGAACGUAACGCCAAUGGGAUGUACCGACCUAAUGUCUAUAGUAACGAACUCUUGAAAGUUGUCUAUGUCGAUAAAGAUUUAUCAUAUAUCAAAGAUUUAGAUUUAUCAACUGGUAACAGUGAUAAACAACAAGAGACGAGUUAUGAUGGCCGUAAUGGCGUCCGAUGUAUUCGGGUAAGUCCCGACGGUAAACAUCUAGCUUCGGGUGACCGUUCGGGUAAUAUUCGUAUCCACGAAACGACGAAAAUGCGCGAAAUGUACAAAAUUGAAGCACACGAUGCCGAAGUACUGUGUUUGGAGUAUUGUGGUGUUGAAUCGGAUUUGAAUUUGAUGUCGAGUGCAAGUCGUGAUCGACUUUUGCACGUUUUUGAUGUCCGACACGGUUACGAAUUUUUACAAACUCUCGAUGAUCAUUCGUCGUCUAUCACAGCUGUGCGAUUUUUAACCAAUCAGAGAAACAUUCAAAUGGUGUCUUGUGGGGCUGAUAAGUCGCUCAUUUUUCGGUCUUUGAGCGAGUCGGGAGGCAAACCCCAAUUCGCACGCGAUCACCACGCCACUGGUAAAACCACACUCUAUGAUAUGGAGGUGGAUGCCGGUCAGAAACACGUCCUUACGGCUUGCCAGGACCGAAAUGUACGCAUCUAUAGCGUAAAUACGGGGAAACACACGAAAAGUUUCAAGGGAAGUACCGGAGACGAUGGUACUUUGAUUAAAGUGGUCUUGGAUCGGUCUGGUAUCUAUUUGGCCACUUCGUGUACCGAUAAGUCACUUUCAGUCUAUGAUUACUAUUCGGGUGAGUGUAUGGCAACAAUGUGUGGGCAUUCGGAACUUGCAACUGGUCUACGAUUCACCAAUGACUGUCGUCGACUCAUUUCGGCGAGUGGUGAUGGUUGUAUUUUCGUAUGGAAAGUCCCCCAUGAUAUGGUCGUAACCAUGCAUGCACGUCUCAGUCAGCAGGCCAUGAGACAAGGUAAAACACUCGAUAGUGAUAUUUUGAACGAGAGUGGGGAUUUGUACGACAACGAAUCAGAUGCCAGGUACCGGUUUAGUAUCGGUCAAUUGCCACAAUGGGCAAAGAAACAAUUGAAUGAGGAAGCAAGUCACGCCCCAAGUGUACGUAACGUUGCCGUGCCGAAAGGAAGGUGGGCACAAAGGGCGGAGCAUCCGCUCGAAGCGUCAAGUUUCUAUUCGUUGGAGGAGAGUCGUAUUACGAAAAAGGUGAACGCCCACCAAAUGGAAAAUAUCACUUUGACUCGUGGAGAUACCGAUACUGGAUUCGAAUCAGCCGCUCAUGAUGGUGAUAUUGAUUCAGAUCACGAGUAUCGACGACCUUUGUAUUACCCAAAUCAAGUCGAUUCGGCGAGUGGAAGUGAAUUUACCGUCACAAAUAUCGACGCAGAUGAACUACGAAAAUCACAACGUAAGAAAAAAGGACCGAAUCCACAAAUUGUCAUUCAGGCAAGUUCGUCGACGUAUGGAAGUCAAGAUUCGGAUGAUGAUGAUGACGAAGCGUCAACACCAAGUGGUGAAAAUACCGAUCGAAAUCCCAUGUCGUUAUUUUCGGUUAGUUCCGAAUCAUUAGAUCAGUUAGGUACACGUGAAAAGUACCUUCAAAGUACGUUUGAAAGUAUGUCAGGGGCUGAAACCGAACUCACACCUGGGAAAACUUCCAUUUCGAGUAAGUUUCUUCGAAGUUCUGAAAUCAAUAUGGCGGCGAUAAAUGCAGUUAAAUUGACUAAAAGUGAUCCAGAAACAGCCCUCAAACGUCAAUUGCUUAACAAAAGAAUUGCUGAGACGAAAAAGAAAUUGGAAAGUGUUGGUCAUACUACUCCAUUGAAGUACAGCCAAUCAAUUCAUGACUUGAGUCACAUCCCUGAACGUGAUAAAAGUGCAAAAAAACAAGUGUAUGUACACGAGAGCAGCCCCGAUAGCAGUUUGCGUAGAUCAUGCAGCUUGAGCGAUUUAAGCAUGCAAAAACCAGUGGUGAACAAAAAUAAAAUUGAAGUUUCAGGCAAGAAAGCUACAGCUCCGCCCUCGCGUUCCAAUUCGCGCUAUAUGAAAAACAAUACUCCGCCCAUGACGCGAAGUCGUUCAAGUGGUGUUCUUAACCAAUCCGAUUCUGAGAAUGAAGGUGAAAAAAAAAUCUCGCGUUUAAUGCGACCGACUAUCAGUUCGCAUAAUAAAAUUAAUAAUAAAACGUUACAAAGUCGGAAAAAACAAUCGUAUUCGACGAGUAAUUUGAAUACAGUGGGUGUGGAUAAUGUCUCGACUUCGGAUGAUGAGGAAGUGGUUCAAAAGCCGGCUGUACCGCCGAGGAAUAGGAUGAGUUAUAAUGGACCACCGGCGGUUACACCCCGAAGGCAUUUGAAUAAUAAAGAGAAAAGUAAAGGGGGACGGCAUAUCACACAUUUUGAGAAGAUUAAUGUCGAUUUGGACUCAACUCUUAUCAACGACGAUGAUAAUUCGGAUCUUUCCGUUGAUACAGUUGAAAUUUCGCAUCAGUUGUGCAAUGACGUCAUCCAGCAGCUGACCAAGGCGGCCGAUAACGUCGUCGGCCUGUAUAACCGACUGAGCGACACCGAGCCGGCCAGCCAGAACUCUUCCGUCGCCAAAAUGGACAUGGUCAAAGACCUCGAAAUGUCAAUUUUGAACACACACAAAGUCCUCCAUGAAUGUAUUUUUAAAAAAUUGAAACAAAGUAAUGGCAACGUUGAUGUUAACCAAACCGAUACGGUUAAAAAGUUGAACGAUUUAGUAUCGAAAGGGUCAACAGGUGGGCCGAAUUCGGCCGUUAGUAUUAUGGAACAAUACUCGGACAUUUUAUUAGAUAUGGUACAACAAAAAAUCCACAAUUCAAGUAUUUGAUAGUUGGUUGAGAAAAAUAUUCUGUGAUUGUAUUUAGUCGGAGCGAAAUCUCAUGUGGAAGUUAGUUGAUUGAUUGUUGAAACAUUCCAUUAGGUAUUUUUUUUAAUGAGGAAUUGUCGGUGUGCUUCCCUUGUAACUCCGGUUGUGUUUUUUUACACGAAUGUUUAUAUUUUAUUGGGUUUUAAUAUCGCAAUAUUUUUAUUUAUGUAAUGUACAAUUUUUAACUGUUAGCUAGCUGUCAUGUCAAUUCUGUAUAGGCUCACCCAGAUGUAACCUCAGACUGUAAUUUUAUAAUAUAAGUCUUAAGUCCAAUAAAAUUAUUGAAUAACUA